AGCAUACAGAAGAGCAGUAUGAGGUCUGAGAACAAGAGCAGCGUGUCAGAGUUCCUCCUCCUGGGGCUCCCCAUCAUGCUGGAGCAGCAGGACCUGUUCUUUGUCUUAUUCCUAUGCAUGUACCUGACCACAGUGAUGGGGAACCUGCUAAUCAUCCUGCUCAUCAGGCUGGACUCUCGCCUACACACCCCCAUGUACUUCUUCCUCAGCCACUUGGCCUUCUCUGACAUUUCCCUUUCAUCUAUCAUGGUUCCAAAGAUGCUCAAGAACAUGCAGACUCAGCAACAAUCUAUCCCCUAUAUGGGGUGCAUUUCUCAGUUGUAUCUUUUCAUAGUUUUUGGUUGUCUUGACAAUUUCCUUCUUGCAGUGAUGGCAUAUGACAGGCAUGUGGCCAUCUGUCAGCCACUCCACUACACAACUGUUAUGAGGCAGGAGCUGUGUGUCUCACUAGUAGCUGGGUCCUGGUUCUUCUGUUGUGCACAUGCCCUUUUGCACACCCUCCUCUUGGUCCAAUUGUCCUUCUGUGCUGACAAUACCAUUCCCCACUUCUUCUGUGACCUCACUGCACUCCUGAAGAUAAGCUGCUCAGACAUCUCUCUCAAUGAGCUGGCCAUCUUCACUGAGGGAAUAAUGCUUUUGAUUCUGCCUUUGACUGGUGUCUUGGGCUCAUAUAUCUGUAUAGGGACCACCAUCCUAAGAGUCCCCUCUACCAAGAGACUCUUUAAAGCCUUUUCUACUUGUGGCUCCCAUCUCCUUGUGGUAUCAUUGUACUAUGGGACACUUGCAGGUGUCUACUUUUUCUCCACAUCAUGGGACUCCAAUGACAAAGUCGUAAUUGCUUCAGUCGUGUAUACAGCGGUUACCCCCAUGCUGAAUCCCUUCAUAUAUAGCCUGAGGAACAGAGAUAUAAAACAUGCCCUAGAAAUAUUUGUCAAUAGGGCUAAAUUCUUUCAGUGA